AUGAAUUAAAAAAUAAAAUGUUAACAUGAUGACCAUUAGGAUGAAAUAGACACGAUUUGUUAUAAUUAGUUUUGUACAGAAGUCAGAUUAAAUUGUUUUACAUGUAUGAAGAAGGCAAGAAUUCAUCAAGAUCAUUUUGAUGAUGUUGAAAAAAGUAAUACCUUGAUUGGAUUCAUUGAAAGUAAAAAUUAAGAAUGUGAUAAUUUGAUUGAUGAACUUAAUACCUAUCUAGACAGUCUGAAUCAAUCAUUUACAUUGUUAAAAAUGGGAAUCAGAUAAAAAUAUUCUUUAUUAAAAGAAAGAUUCCUAUAAUUGAAAUCGUUGUAAAUAAAUGAUUAUUUGAAUUCUACCCUCAAAUUAAUGGAAUACAAAUAAUCUAUUACAACAACCAUUUCAGAUUGGACUAAGAAAUUAACUAAUGUAUUGAAUAGCAUAUAUCAAUAAUUAAAUUUAUCAUCAUUUAAUUAUUAAUAUAUUGAUGAUGAUUCUAUAACAUUAUCUAAAGAGUUAUUUGAUAAAGGUAAUCAUUUUAUUACAAACCUUAGGUUAUGACUUAUAUUGGAAUGAUAAAUAUGCUGAGGCAAUAGACAUACUUAAUAUUUCAAUAUAAUAAAAUCCAGAUAACCAUUUAUCCUUCUGGUGUAAAGGUAACAAUACUAGUUAAAUAAUAGGUUAGUGUUUAAGAUUGUUAAAUAAUUAUGAAGAUGCAAUCACUUGUGUGGACAAAGCAUUAGCUAUUGAUCCUAAUGAUGUUAAUUCCUUAUAUGAGAAAGGUAGAUUGAAUCAUAAUUCUAUUAAUAGGAGUGUGUUUAAGAUUGUUAAAUAAAUAUGAGGAUGCAAUCAGUUGGGUGGACAAAGCAUUAAUUAUUGACCCUAAUCACAUCAAUUCCUUACGUGAAAAAGGUAGAUUGAUCAUAAUUAUAUUAAUAGGUUAGUUAUUAAGAUUUUUAAAUAAAUAUGAGGAUGCAAUCACUUGGGGGGACAUAGCAUUAGCUAUUGAUCCUAAGGAUGUUAAUUCCUUAUAUGAGAAAGGUAGAUUGAAUCAUAAUUCUAUUAAGAGGAGUGUGUUUAAGAUUGUUAAAUAAAUAUGAGGAUGCAAUCAGUUGGGUGGACAAAGCAUUAGCUAUUGAACCUGAGGAUGUUAAUUCCUUAUAUGAGAAAGGUAGAUUGAAUUCAUAAUUCUAUUAAUAGGAGUGUGUUUAAGAUUUUUAAAUAAAUAUGAGAAUGCAAUCAGUUGGAUAGACAAAGCAUUCGCUAUAAAUCCUAAACAUGUCUAUUCCUUAAACGAGAAAGGUAGGUUGAAUCAUUAUUAUAUUUAUAGGUUUGUGUUUAAGAUUUUUAAAUAAAUAUGAGGAUGCAAUCACUUAGGUGGACAAAGCAUUAGCUAUUGAUCCUAAGGAUGUUAAUUCCUUAUAUGAGAAAGGUAGAUUGAAUCAUAAUUCUAUUAAUAGGAGUGUGUUUAAGAUUGUUAAAUAAAUAUGAGGAUGCAAUCAGUUGGGUGGACAAAGCAUUAGCUAUUGACCCUAAGGAUGUUAAUUCCUUAUUUGAGAAAGGUAGAUUGAAUCAAAAUAAUAUUAAUAGGUUAUUGUUUAAGAUUGCUAAAUAAAUAUGAGGAUGCAAUAACUUGGAUGGACAAAUUAUUAGCUAUUGAUCCUAAGGAUGUUAAUUCUUUAUAUGAGAAAGGUAGAUUAAAUCAUAAUUGUAUUAAUAGGUUAGUGUCUAAGAAAGUAAAAUAAAUAUGAGGAUGCAAUCACUUGGGUGGACAAAGCAUUAGCUAUUGAUCCUAAACAUGUCUAUUCCUUAAACGAGAAAGGUAGAUUGAAUCAUUAUUAUAUUUAUAGGUGAAUGUUUAAGAUUAUUGAAGGAAUAUAUUCAAUCUUUAUAACUGCUAGAUUAAGCACUUUGCAUCAACCCUCAGGAUACAUUUUCUCUCAACUGUAAAGGUAUUUAUUAUCCUAUUAUUGUAGGAGAUUGUUUAAGAGAUUAAUAGAAAUACAAAGAAGCACUGAUAUGUUAUGAAAAAUCAUUAAAGAUUGAUCCAAAUAAUCAAUAUUCAAAAAACUAAAAUGGUAUUCCUAACCUAUUAAACUAGAAUUCUGCUAAAAGAAAUUGAAUCAGUGA